AUGUUUAAUAAUUUUUCAAAAAAGGCACUGAGAAUCCUAAAAAAAGUUGAUAUGUUUUCAUAGCCUGUUUUACUAUUGAUCAAAUAAGAACAGGGACAUAAAACAUUAUUUGGUGCUUGCUUGACUUUGGGAUUGAUUUCUUUCUUCCUUUAUCUACUUAUAAUAAAUCUACUUGAUUUAAGGCAAGGUAAAAACCUAAAUUCACUGUCAGCUGAGAUUUAUCAUGCAUCACCAAAAUAAUUCAAAAUGAAUGAAUAAAAUUUUACAUUAACUUUUGCCCUUUAAUCGUCCUCUUUCAAUACAUAUAUAGAUGAAUCAAUCUAUGUUGUGGAAGCAAAAAUUUAAACUAAAACCACUAAAAUGUAUUAAAUGAAUUCAAUUAUUAGUUUAGAUAAUUAAAAAAUUAAUGAAUGGACUUAGUAAGAUCUUCCAUUAACAACUUGUGUUCCAGAACUCAUUCGAUAAGUUGAAUUAUAAGAAUAUUUUUCUCAUUUAGAUUUACCAACUAAUUAUUGUAUUGAUUGGGAUAGAAUUAAAGAGCUAAAUUUAGAAGGCACUUUUGGUUCUCUAGUUUAUAGUGCUAUUUUAUUAGAAUUUAAAAUUUGCAAUGAUUUAACAAAAAAAUCAAAAGAAUGCAAAUCAAAGGAUGAAAUUAAAAAAUAGUUAGAAUAGAAUUAUUUUUCUUUUUAAAUGUCCUCAUACGUUGUAGAUGUGAAAAAUGAUAAUUACCCUUUUUUAUCAAAAGUAGAAGAUACUUUCACUACUAUAUCUAGUAAGAUUUUUAAAGAAAUAUCUUUUUAUAUGUAGCCAAUUACAGUAUUUACAGAUGUAGGACUUAUAAAUGAAGAUUACUAAGUUCAAAACACCUUAAGAUAUAAAAGACAUUCAGAAAUGAUUGACUUAAAUGAGAGUGAUUUAAUCAUGAAUGUUGUAAUACGAUUAGAUUAAAUUGAAUAAUAAUAUUAUAGAAACUACACCAAAAUUCAAAUAAUCAUAAGUUAAAUGGGCGGACUUUGGCAGGUAUUUUUUAUUGUUGCUUUUCUUCUUUAGAAACCAAUAAAUAUUCUUUCUUAUUAUGUUAAAAUUGUAAAUUCGUUAUUUGAAUUCGAGUAAGAGAAAAAACCAUUUAUAAAUAAAAGAAAAAAAUAUCAUAAUCCAGAAACACUAUAAUAAGAAUUUUCUACAAGAUAAUAAUAUCAAUCUACCAGAGAAGUAUCAUUUUUUCAGAAUAAAAACAAAAUACGACAAAGAUUAGAAUCUAUAAAAAUAAAGUAGAAACAAAUGGAAGCGAUAGAUUCUCAAGUUUUAGAUCCUUUAUCAAAGGAAGAAACUAAGAAACAAUUAACAAGAGCUUUAUCAUUUUCAAUUAAAUAAUAUUUUCUUAGCAUUUCAAAAAAGUUAAAAAUGAAAUGGACUGAUUAUUUAUAUUUCAUAAACUGCUUCUCUAAGUAAACUAUAUAUUUCAUUUAGUUCCAAAAAUUAUAAAGGUUUUUAAAUUUAAUACUCCUUUAAUAAAAUAAUUAAGUAAAUGGAUAUUUUAUAUAUACUAAAAAAACUGCAGGAAAUAGAUAAAUUGAAAAUGAUAUUAUUGACAGAAUCUUAGAUAAAGAUAUUUGAUUAUCUGUAAAAACCUACAAUUCCGUUAGAUACAGAUUCAGCAUAGUUUAAAAUAAAUUAAAAUUAUUAUUCUAUAUUAAAACCUAUAAAAAGUGAUUAUUAGAAGGCUAUUGAUGCUUAAAAUGCUUUUAAAGAUAUUGUUGAAAAUUUAGAUAAUCCUAUUAAUAUUAAAUUAAUAAAUUCUAUAGAUUAAACGAUAGUAGAUUUAUUAAAAAUGAAAAAAGAUAGUUUAGAUUAAUUAUCUUCAGAUGAUGUCUGUGUUAGCGAAUAAAGAUAUGAUCGAAAUGCAGUGCUUACUAUUGAUAUUAAUUAGAGGCAUUCUUCAUUAGCAAAUUGA